AACAUGGAAGAAGUCUACAUCCGACACGUGAAGCUGCUUGGCUUUGAGAAACGCUUUUACCCCAGUCAGCACUACGUCUACAUGCUGAUGGUAAAGUGGAGCGACCUCUCGGAGAAGUUGAUCUUCAGGACGUAUCCUGAAAUUCACACUUUCCAUAAAUCGCUGAAAGAAAUGUUUCCAAUCGAAGCUGGCCAAAUAGAAAAGCGGGACCGAAUCAUCCCACCACUGCCAGCACCACGGUGGGUGGAGAGCCAAAAGUCUCGGGAAAACACCCAAAGCACGUUGACUGGGUACUGCCAGGCACUCGUCGAGCUGCCGCCGCACAUCUCACGCUGCAAACACCUCAACGUUUUCUUCAAAGUGCGACCGGAGGACGAAAAUCCGCCAGCUCCAAACACUGGGAAAAAAAGUGAAAUCUUCUUGGAGACCAAAAGUUAAAAAAGGUGACCAUACUCUUCAGAGAUUUCUGGGCCCAUCAUACUCGACACAUACAGAGUGAUUGCAGACUUUACCAAGACGUCCAAACAUGAGCUCAACCUCCAUACCGGAGAUUUUGUGGAAAUUGUGGAGAAGAACCAGAAUGGCUGGUGGUUCUGCCAAUGCGAGACCAAACGAGGUUGGGUUCCUGCCACUUACCUGGAACCCUUGGAUGGGCCCGAGGAGUCAGAGGAGCCAGAGCCAAAUUACGAAGGAGAAUUGCACGUCACGGUCCAAGCUUACGUGGCGGAGACUGAUGAUGAGAUCUCCCUGGAAGUGGGAGAAACUAUUGAGGUCAUUCAUAAGCUUUUGGACGGCUGGUGGGUUGUCAGGAAAGGUGAAGAGACUGGUCACUUCCCCUCCAUGUUCCUGCAGAAAGCAGGCAAAGGACAACAUUAUCACUUUGAUACCAAGCAACCACAGGGACAGAAACCUCCUCCUCGAAGGUCCACUAUUAAGAACGCAAAAAGCAUCCACGAGAGAAGCCGUAAGCGCCUCAGCCAGGAGGCCUAUAGGAGGAACAGUCGGCGAUACCUGCAGAAGAAGGAUGGACGCACCGCCACCUCGCCCAGGAUUGCCAAGAUCCCGGAGAAGUCGCCUUUGAGGGAGCGCAAGAAUCAAGGGAACAUUCCCGAGCAGCAGAGUUUGAGUUCAGAGGGCGAGGUGACGCCAGAGGCCCCGGUCAUCCCUCCUCGACCUAGUCCCGAGCUCAUCCUGGAACGCUGCACAGACAACACCCGCAAGAAAGUCAGCGUCCGCAACUUUGGAAGCAGAAGCAGCACCUAG